AUGUCAUCCUUCUUCGGCCUCUCCAAAACACGCACAUUCAAGCCCAAGCGCAACAUCCCCGAGGGCACCAAACAGUACCAACUCAAGCGAUAUGCCGAGGCCACUCUGGGAAGCGGCAACCUGCGCCUCGCCGUCGUGCUUCCCGAAGGCGAGGACCUGAACGAGUGGCUGGCGGUCAACACAGUCGACUUUUUCAACCACGUCAACAUGCUCUACGGCACCAUCACCGAGUUCUGCACGCCCACCGAAUGCCCUGUCAUGUGCGCCGGCCCGCGUUUCGAGUACCACUGGCAGGACGCCAACUCGGCGCUCUACCGCCGUCCGACCAAGAUGUCGGCGCCAGAAUACGUCGACUGCCUGAUGAACUGGGUGCAGUCGCAACUCGAUGAUGAAGCGCUCUUCCCUAGCAAGAUCGGCGUGCCCUUCCCCAAGAACUUCCCUGCCGUUGUCAAGUCGAUCUUGAGAAGGCUCUUCCGUGUUUACGCACACAUCUACAACCACCACUUUGCCCAGGUGUGUGCGCUGAGCAUCGAGGCCCACCUCAACACUUCGUACCGCCACUUCUUGCUGUUCAUCACCGAGUUUGAGCUGGUAGAGCCACGAGAAUUGGCGCCAUUGGUCGAGCUCAACGAGGCCAUCUUGGGAGAGGCAUGA